AUGAUACAGUCUAACAAUUCUUGGGGUAAUUCUUGAUGAAAGACGACAAUAAUUAUAAGAAGGUGAAAUCUUUGAAUCGUGGAACGCCUUCUUGUAUUAUUUAUUUACAAAAAAGGGGAAAAAUAGAAAAGAAAAGAAAGAGGGCCUGUAUCAUGCGGUCCAGAUCUCAUUCAUCUCCCCAUAUGGCCCAAAGGAAAGGUCCCUCCUCUUCCCUCUCCUCCUCUGCUCUCCUCUCCUCUCCUCAUGGCGCCCGCCGCCGCCGCCGCCAUGCCAGAGUCGGAGAGUAAGACGCGGCAAGAUGCAGAAGACACGCGGUGGCUUCAAACCCUCUCCGAGCCCGAGCUCGGUUUGUUGAUCGGCCUCAAGGAAGUUGCCAUGACCCGGGCCUCCAACGCCGGCCAUCCUGACCUCGCCGACAAAGUCUUCCAUGUCCGCGCGCUGCGGGCUCUUGCGUUCGUUUUGCUGCAAGAGUUGAAAGAGCGACUAAGACAAGCCUCGGUUAAUACGAGCAUGCUGGAGAGGCUUUCUUUGCUAAAUGACCAUGAUCCUGAGGGGGUGGUCAGGCCCAGCCAAGAUGUGAUGCCAAUGCCAAAUGGUAUCAACAAGAAACGGAAGCAGAUGCAGGAUGGGUGCCAUGGAGAGGAUGGCCAGAGUCCAAAGAGACGAAAAGCAACAAGAGAGGACUGGUUGAUAGCUGGAGCUGCCAAACCACAAGUAGAAGCCUACUGUUGGAAUUGAAAUGGCACUGUCGUCAGUCUGCUGGCUUCGACAGGUGGCCUGAGCAAGCAGCUGCAAACUACACUGCCUGAUGCCUGUUAUUCUGGCAUGGAAACCAGCCCUCCAUUCUCACUGCAGCAGUUUUAGACGAAUUGGCAGCCACACAGGCUUGUCAGUUUAUAGAGCUGAUUGUUAGUUCGGUUGAUUAAUGAUGGCAAUGAUACACAGUUAGUACUUGACAGGGAACCCUGCUCCUUGUGCACUUUUGCUGAAAGAUGAGGACUGCAAUUGCAACCUCAGUGGCUUAGUCCUCACUUUUGAUCCUUGUAUAUCAUACAUGUCUAGUGCUAAUUCAAUCAAUCUCACUCGCUUGUCCA